AUGGUUUCUUGUCGAACAGAUAUUGCUCUUUUGGCUUUGAAAGAUGAGCAUGCAUCCGAGGUGGUACUAUGGUCGUGCUUUUACGAUGUUGUUUCUGAUUCUUGGUUUCUUCUUGUGCGGUUUGCGAGGGAAGCACCACCAGCGCUGGUUUGGCAGAAACAGAAACAGUUUCCAAUGUGGGAGGUGGACGAGGGUAGAACAAAUCUGUUGGGAAAAAGUUGUAUUGUUGUUGGAAUCCCGCCAUCGAUGUUUGAUGUCUUCGAUGAUAGCAGAACUGAAACCUGA